CCAAAGCAGCGAAAAGAAAUCCACCAAUCAUGUACCCAGCACCUACAAGACACCCGUCGGCAUCGGUGAGUUCUGCAAAAAGCAUUCAUCCUUGGCUAGGUGGGCCGCCACCCCAGGGGCGACAGUUUACGAUAGCGGAAACCCUGGAACGGAUUAAGGAGGAGUUCAACUUCCUGCAGGCACAAUAUCAUUCAUUGAAGCUCGAGUGUGAUAAAUUGGCGAGCGAAAAAACAGAAAUGCAGAGACAUUAUGUGAUGUAUUACGAAAUGUCCUACGGAUUGAACGUGGAAAUGCACAAACAAACUGAAAUCGCCAAACGACUAAACGCCCUCAUCGGACAGCUGCUGCCGUUUCUGGCCACGGAACACCAGCAACAGGUCGCGGCGGCCGUGGAGCGGGCGAAACAGGUCACGAUGCCGGAGCUGAACGCUAUAAUUGGCCAACAUCAGCAACAGGGAAUUCAGCAACUUUUACAACAGAUUCACGCGCAGCAGAUACCCGGUGGACCGCCGCAACCGAUACCGGCGCUGGGUGCGCUGGCCGGCCCACUGACGGCGUUCGGUGGCCCGAUGGGGCUGCCGCACGGUGCCCCGCAGAGCCUGCUGAAGGCACCGCCCGACUUACACCGCGAGGACCUGAAAGUGCCCCUCGGCGGACCCUCGGCUGAGGAGCGAAUGCGCAACUCCGUAUCACCUGCCGAUCGGGAAAAGUAUCGACCACGAUCCCCGCUAGAGCUGGAUGGUGAAACGAAGCGACGGAAAGAGGAAAAACUGAACCACGAAAGUGAUGGUGAGAAAAGUGAUCAGGAUUUAGUGGUGGACGUCGCGAACGAAACGGGUUCACCUUCUCCGCGCCCAAACGGUGACCAUCAGUCGGAGCGUGGCGACCGGGACAGUAUUGGGCUGAACGGUAGCGAUAAGGCGGGUUCGAGCAGUUUAAAAGGUGCCAACGAUCGGCCCCCCUCGCGGUCGGGCUCGAGCUCGUCCCGAUCAACCCCCAGUUUAAAAACGAAAGAUCUCGAUAAACCUGGAACGCCAGGUGCGAAAGCCCGCGUCCCAACGCCCAACUCGUCCACGCCCGGUGUCCCGAAAGCCGUAGUACCUCCAACAGCCGCCGGCUAUCCUCCCUCGCCAUAUCAACGCCCGUCGGAUCCGUAUGCCCGGCCACCGCCGGACCCGUACGGCCGACCUCCGAUGCCCUUCGAUCCGCACGGCCACGUUCGCACCAACGGUAUCGCGCUACCCGUUUCGAGCGGUAAACCUGCCUAUUCGUACCACAUGAACGGUGAAGGUGCUCCCCAACCGGUGCCGUUUCCUGCCGACGCACUAACCGGACCCGGAAUCCCGCGACACGCCCGCCAGAUCAACACACUGUCCCACGGUGAGGUCGUCUGCGCGGUGACCAUCUCGAACCCGACCAAAUACGUGUACACGGGCGGCAAGGGCUGCGUGAAGGUGUGGGACAUCUCACAGCCCGGCAACAAGAGCCCCGUCAGCCAGCUGGACUGUCUGCAGCGAGACAAUUACAUUCGCUCGGUGAAGCUGCUCCCCGAUGGCCGGACACUCAUCGUCGGUGGCGAAGCGUCCAACCUGUCGAUCUGGGAUCUGGCAAGUCCGACGCCACGGAUAAAGGCCGAACUAACGUCGGCCGCACCGGCCUGCUACGCGCUCGCGAUCAGUCCCGACUCGAAGGUGUGCUUCUCGUGCUGUAGCGACGGACACAUUGCCGUGUGGGAUCUGCACAACCAGACGCUGGUCCGGCAGUUCCAGGGCCACACGGACGGUGCGUCGUGCAUCGACAUCUGCCCGGACGGAUCGCGGCUGUGGACCGGUGGGCUCGACAACACCGUCCGAUCGUGGGACCUACGGGAGGGCCGCCAGCUGCAGCAACACGACUUUAGCUCACAAAUUUUCUCCCUCGGCUACUGUCCAACGGGUGAUUGGCUCGCGGUGGGAAUGGAAAACUCGCACGUCGAGGUACUGCACGCCACGAAGCAGGACAAAUAUCAGCUGCAUUUGCAUGAAAGUUGCGUCCUUUCGCUACGGUUUGCCGCCUGCGGCAAAUGGUUCGUUUCGACCGGCAAGGAUAACCUACUGAACGCCUGGCGUACACCGUACGGAGCCAGCAUAUUCCAGUCAAAGGAAACCUCGUCAGUACUUAGUUGUGAUAUUUCGACCGAUGAUAAGUACAUCGUUACCGGCUCGGGUGAUAAGAAGGCAACGGUGUACGAGGUGAUGUACUAAAUACCCAGAGGCACUCC